AUGGAGGUUCAAGCUGAAAUGGAGCCUAGCUCGUCCAUUAGUUUAGUCUCAGCUGUUUCAUAUGGUAUUGCUUCAAUGGCAAUGGUUUUUAUCAACAAAGCUGUGAUUAUGCAAUAUCCACAUUCAAUGACUGUUCUUACUCUUCAGCAAUUGGCUACUUCGUUGCUUAUACACUUUGGUAGACAAAUGGGAUACACAAGAGCCAAAGGAAUCGAUUUGGCCACCGCGAAAAAGCUUCUCCCAGUUUCGAUCUUCUACAAUGCUAAUGUUGCGUUUGCUCUUGCAAGCUUGAAAGGAGUAAAUAUUCCAAUGUAUAUCGCCAUAAAGAGACUCACUCCGCUCGCUGUUUUGAUUGCCGGAUAUUUUUUUGGGAAAGGCAGACCAACAACUCAGGUUGCUCUAUCUGUGCUACUGACGGCUGCAGGUUGUGUAAUUGCAGCUCUUGGAGAUUUUUCUUUUGAUAUUUUCGGGUAUGGUUUGGCUUUGACGUCUGUCUUUUUCCAGACCAUGUACCUUGUGCUGGUUGAGAAGUCUGGUGCAGAAGAUGGGCUUUCCUCGAUCGAGAUAAUGUUCUAUAACAGCUUCCUUUCCCUCCCAUUUUUGUCCUUCCUCAUCAUAGUUACCGGAGAAUUCCCAAACUCUCUAUCGCUAUUACUUGCAAAGUGUUCUUAUUUGCCCUUCUUGGUGAUUCUCAUUCUUUCACUGGUUAUGGGCAUUGUCCUCAACUUCACCAUGUUUCUUUGCACCAUUGUGAACUCUGCACUAACAACAACCAUCGUUGGUGUCCUCAAAGGCGUUGGUUCCACUACGCUCGGUUUUGUUCUCUUGGGUGGUGUUGAAGUACAUGCUUUGAACGUGUCCGGUUUAGUGGUCAACACUGCUGGUGGUGUGUGGUACUCAUACGCCAAGUACCGGCAGAAAAAGGCUAAACCGGCUAAGCUAUUGUCUGAUUUGGAAGCUCACAAAAAAUGA